UAUGCGUCGUCGUCUCCGCUCCCCCAGUCUGCUGCUGCACAUCCACAGCGGAGCCACCACGCCGAGGAGGCGGGCCGACUGUAGCUACACCUCGGCCAGCGGUGCUGGGUCAUAGCGCUGGUGGAGGGGGCGGGGGGCAGCACACUGCUCUUCUUGCCCUUCCUAAACCGUGCACAGCCUGAAGCAUCGAGGACAACCAUCACCUCAACGCGUACUGGAAUAGUUUUGGGUUUCUGUUUUUUGCCCGAGACGCACGAAGUUGCAGCUGCAGAGGCGCACUUUUCUCCGUGGCUCCUCUCUCCUUUUGCGCUCACAAUCCGACAUGGAAGAUGGUCCGUCUUCAACAAGCUGUUUCAGAAGGUUAACGGACUGUUUCCUGGGUGCAAGCUUGACAGAUGAGAAAGUGAAGGCCUACCUCUCGCUGCACCCGCAGAUGCUGGACGACUUUGUGUUGGAGAGUGUGAGCGCAGAGACGUUGGACAGAUGGCUGAAGAGGAAGACCAGCAGCAGGCCUGCAGAUGACACAUCAGCUAAAGAAGUCAGCAGGCAGUACCAGGACACAAAUAUGCAGGGUGUGGUGUACGAACUCAACAGCUACAUGGAGCAGCGCCUGGACACUGGAGGAGACAACAAACUCCUGCUCUAUGAGUUGUGCAACAUCAUCAAGACAGCAACAAAAGCUGAUGGAUUUGCACUUUACUUUUUGGGAGAAUGCAACAAUAGUUUAUGUUUGUUCACUCCAACGGGGGCCAAGGAUGGCCCUCCAAGCCUCAUCCCCUCCGGCCCCAUCGCAUUUGGGACAACCAUUGCCGCUCAUGUUGCCAAGACUCACAAAACACUGCUAGUAGAGGACAUCAUGGGGGACGAGCGCUUCCCCGACGGCACAGGGCAGGACUCAGGGAUCCAUGUUCACUCUGUCCUGUGCCUCCCCAUCGUCACUGCCAUCGGGGACCUCAUUGCCAUCCUGGAGCUGCAUCGGCAGUGGGGCAAGGAGCCCUUCAACCUCAGCCACCAGGAGGUUGCAACAGCUAAUUUAGCGUGGGCAUCAGUUGCCAUUCAUCAAGUACAGGUGUGCAGAGGCCUCGCCAAACAGACUGAGCUCAAUGACUUCCUACUAGAUGUGUCAAAAACAUACUUUGAUAACAUUGUGGCAAUAGAUUCUCUACUUGAACAUAUUAUGAUAUAUGCAAAAAACCUAGUGAAUGCGGACAGGUGCGCACUCUUCCAGGUAGAUCACAACAACAAAGAACUGUACUCUGACCUGUUCGAUAUUGGGGAAGAGAAAGAAGGCAAACCUGUCUUUAGGAAAACCAAAGAAAUUAGGUUUUCUAUAGACAAGGGAAUAGCUGGCCAAGUGGCUCAGACAGGGGAAGUCUUAAAUAUCCCAGAUGCCUAUGCAGACCCCCGGUUCAACCGAGAGGUGGACCUCAAAACCGGCUACACCACGCGGAACAUCCUGUGCAUGCCCAUUGUGAGCAGGGGGACCGUUAUAGGUGUGGUGCAGAUGGUGAACAAGCUAAGCGGAAGUGCCUUCACUAAAACAGAUGAGAACAACUUUAAGAUGUUUGCUGUCUUUUGUGCUCUGGCCUUACACUGUGCAAAUAUGUACCACAGGAUCCGGCACUCUGAAUGCAUUUACAGAGUGACGAUGGAAAAACUGUCUUAUCACAGCAUCUGCACAUCAGAGGAAUGGAAGACCCUUAGCCAGCUCAAUCUCCCUGCACCCAUUUAUAAAGAGAUCGAAAUGUUCCACUUUGACAUCAGUCCCUUUGAGGAGAUCUGGCCUGCUGUCUUUAUCUACAUGGUUCAUAGCUCCUGUGGUAAGACCAGCUUUGAGCUGGAGAAGCUGUGUCGGUUCACCAUGUCUGUACGGAAGAACUACCGACGUGUGCCCUACCACAACUGGAAGCACGCGGUAACGGUGGCACACUGUAUGUACGCCAUCCUACAGAAAACCCCCGGGAUGUUCACAGAGUUAGAGAAGAAGGGUCUGUUGAUAGCCUGCCUGUGCCAUGACUUGGACCAUCGGGGGUUCAGCAACGCAUACCUACAGAAGUUUGACCAUCCGCUGGCUGCUCUGUACUCCACCUCCACCAUGGAGCAACACCACUUCUCUCAGACUGUCUCCAUCCUACAGCUGGAAGGGCACAAUAUUUUCUCCAACCUGAAUUCCAGCGAGUACGAGCAGGUGUUGGAGAUCAUCCGGAAGGCCAUCAUCGCCACGGACCUCGCCCUGUACUUCAACAACCACCAGCAGCUGUCCGAGCUACUGACCACGAGCGCACUGGACUUGAACAACCACGGUCACAGGGACCGUGUGAUUGGUCUGAUGAUGACAGCAUGUGACCUGUGUUCUGUUACCAAGCAAUGGCAAAUCACACGACUCACAGCCAACGACAUCUAUGCUGAGUUCUGGGCUGAGGGUGAUGAGAUGAAGAAAAUUGGGUUGCAGCCGAUCCCUAUGAUGGACAGAGACAAGAAGGAUGAGGUUCCCCAAGGCCAAGUGGGAUUUUACAAUGCUGUUGCAGUUCCAUGUUACACGACACUAGCGGAGCUUUUCCCUCCAUCCAGUCCUCUUCUAAAAGCCUGCAAGGAGAACCUGGGCCAGUGGGAGAAGAUAUCACGGGGAGAGAUGCAGGACAUAUUGCCCAGCCGGCCUUCAGAUUCAGGUCCUGUCAAGGUGGACAACUGACUACCAAAGGGGUUGCUGGCCCACCAAAGGAAUACAACUCGAACCCUGCCACCGACCUGGAGCUCUGUAGGGGGAAGAACCCACAUCCUGUGUUAGCAGGAGACGGAUCAGCUAAAGGCGACUUGACUUUGAAAACACACAGUUACCUCAUUGGGUGACGGAGGUGUCAACACUGACGGUUUCACCGAUCCCAGAGACUGACAGACAGGCGAUGGGGAGGGACUUCCACCCAUCACUCUACAUCCACUCAGCUUGGGAGCUCAUUUGGUAGAAUGGACUGAAUGGAAUAGAAAGGCCGUUGUGGUUGUUUCAUUUCGACUGUUUUAUGUUAUGAUUUUUUUUUUUUUAUAUAUAUGAGCUGAUUCUUUUAUGGUCUUGUAUUUGCAGAGGCCUUACUCUGAACCUUUCACAGGCGAGACAUAUGUGAAAUCUUGUUGGUUCAGGCUUUUUGUUUUUUUGUUUGUUUUGAAAUGGUACUGUUUGCCUUCUGUGGUAGGUUUAUCGUACGCGCACUACUUCAGCAAGGUAUUUCCAGAGACAGAAGGAAUGUGUAGAGCAGAUAUAUGGUUUAAUGCCACCUCGCUGAGAAGGUGAAUGUUUUUUUAUUACUCUUUGAGCAAAAAUCCUUUGCAGUACUUGAAUAAAGACAUACAGCCUAUUCUACGUGGAGAAAUCCCCCCCGCAGCAUAUUCUACAAAAUGUGGAUGAACUGUUUGACAAGAGGAGUUAGAUAACGUCGACACUUGUGAACACAGUCACAAGAGAGUCACAAUGUCUCUCCCUGAAGUGGACCCCAGAGCACUGCCCCCCCACACAUCCUCAUCCCCACCCCCACCCCCCACCCC